GCGAAGCUCCGGCCGCCUAGAGUGAAGCUUCCACUUUAUUACCUAUUGAAGCUGCUCUGUUUAACAAUAUACCUGUCACAAACAGCUAUCCAAGACCAACAAGAUGUCUAUCUCACCAAUUAUUACAUUUAAGGCAGGGAAGUGUGAUCUUGAUGUAUGUAUACUCAUGUAUUUCUUCAUGUUAAACAUAAAGUUAAUAUCUCCAUCAGACAUCGAGUAAACCUCAUAAAGUCAAGCCUGAUCCAACUCCUGGUUAUAUCUAUCUUUGGGCUGAAGAUGGUAAGUUAUAUUUAAAUCGCUGGACGUGGAAAUUACUAAUAGUGUGAAAGGACUUAUGCAUUUUCAAUGGCGCGAAAGAAGUAAACCUAUGGAUGCUGAGGACAACCUCGAUUUGAUAGUGCCACCAGCUGAUGCCAUCUUUCAACCUUACGAUUCCAAACAAACUGAUGAAGCAACCGCAAAAACCAAUGGUCGCAUACUCGUUUUCAAGUUCUUAUCCUCUUCUCAAAGAUACCUUUUCUGGAUGCAAUCAAAACCUCAAGCGCGAAAUGGAGAUCCAAGUUGGUUCAGUCCCCGGGACUUGAAGAUUGGACAAAUUGUGAAUACAUUGUUGCAAGGAGAGGAGGUCAAUGUUGAACAAGAAAUCGCACAAGUUAGAGGGGCUGAUGGAGGAGACGAUGAUCAGGACGAAACUAUGGAGGACGUUGAAGGCCAUGGUAAUUCAUCCGAACAUCAUGGUGGAAGUGGAGGAGCUGGAGCAAAUGCAACUGGUGGAGAUGUUAGAGAAGAAGGGGCAAGCUCAAGGGAGGCUGGAGCUGAUGGUGGAAGAGCGUAGGUUAAUUCCCAUCGAUUGUUUACAAAGUACCUGAGCACUUUAACAUGAGGCGUUGGUUGGUACGAUGGGAGAUCAAAGAUGAUCAUACCAUAUAGUUCUUGUACAUCUAGACAGCUACGUUUUGCGAAUGAAUUCCAGAAAUGACAAAGCCAUCUGACUUGGCUUUUACAAGAACCCUGCGCUGACUAUGUGAGUAGUGCUGGUUCAGGACCAACAGAUGCUGCCUCAGUUGUUCAAAACUUUCUUAAUUCCUUGAAAGGUUCUGGAGGGGCUAGCAUGCAACAACAAUCACAAGGACAAAUGUACACUACCUUACCGGACCUUUUACCAAAUGCAGUAACUAUCCCAUCGAUCGACGCUGCAACUCUAGCUCAAGUGGACAAUCUCCUAAGCUAUCUUCCACCUACGAUCCUACAACUUGCACAAGAAUCCGCAUCAUCCCUUGAAUUGGCCGAACCUACGUCUCAGACUGCGGCCGCUGCGAUAGAAGCUCUGAGCUUGGAUCAAAAGAAGUCAGUAUUGAAGAGAGUAGUCAGGAGUCCACAAUUUCAUCAGAGCUUAGGAAGUUUGACCAUGGCGAUCCGAGAUGGUGGUUUGCCUAGUAUUGCUGAUGCCUUGGGAGUGAAGUUGGAAAAUAAUGGGCUGGUCAAAGGAGGAAGUGUUCCAUUGGGAGGUGGCGAUGCGGUUGAGGCAUUUGUUGAGGGUGUUAGGAAGUCAGUGGAGAAGAAAUGACGCAUUGAGUCAUAAUCUCUUUCUUCAGGGCGGUGUAAGAUAGAUAGGACAGAUGGUGUGGUGACUUGAGAUGAUACCAAUUCAUGAUAUGUUAUGACUAAACGAACAGUUUGCGUGAGUGGCUGAUGUUGGCGGGGUUUUUGGGGCCUGCAAGGCUGAAGAUGAAAUGUUCAAUGAUACCGAGGACUGUACCACAUGGAAUAAGCUGUUAGUUAGUACUGAUAGUGUUGACAUUU